CCAAUAUAAAAGACAGUCGAUUCAAUUCAUGUUUUAGCUAUGAUUUACCAUCAAUGGUUACAUAUAAUAAUUUAGUCGAGUAACCCCAAUUCUCACUAUUUAUUUAUUUAUUUGAAUUAUCUAUGAAAGGAUUCUGUUUUUACUUCAUACAAUAUGCAAAUUGACCGCUGGGAAGGUGACCCAGUCCUUACUUCUUUUUACCCCUACCCAUCCGCCGGACUCUCUCUGUUAGAGAAAUCUACGGCGGUGAAACCGUCGAUUUCCCUCGCUUACACCACCCUAUAACUUCCCAAGAAUGUCGACGGAAUUCGUCCGCCGAUUCUCCACCCUCUUCACCGGCUCACCCACCAACAUGGAGCAGCGAUGGACGGCCGGCGUCAACAUAGAUGCCAUGAUCGGGUCAAUGGCGAGCAACACUCCAAAUGUGAGGCCGGCCCAGGUUCAGCUCAUCAAGCAGCUCAUUUCCUCCGUCAACAACGUUACCCGCGACCAUCCCGUUUACCCCGUGAUGAUUCGUGCUGCGAUGGCGAGGUUGAAUGAGGGAAUGGGGUGUAGUAAGGACGAGAUAUCUGAAUUUAUAGCGAGGGAGUAUGAUGUUUCCCCUGUUGUGAAUUUUGCUAGGGUAGUGCAUGAGUUGGACAAGCUUGUGAAGGGCAGGGAGAUAGUUUUGACUGCAGAGAAUCGGUACUUGGUUCGAGUGGAAGAGAAUGAGAAAGGGGAUGAGAGUGGCAGCGGUUCGAUUCGUGGGAUGGGACGAAAACGGGGUAGGCGUGGUGGUGGAAAGGGUUGGAGAGGCAGUAAGGUGAGGAAAGUUGUUGAGGAGAAUUUGGUGGUGGAGGAUGGUGAUAAUCAGAAUUUAAGUAACGGAGGAGAAGAAGGAUGUGAGGCUCGGACUGAUAGAUGUAGCGAGGAAGAGAGCGAGGAGUUCCCACCUGGGUUUGAAGGAAGUUUUGACCGAAUUGAGGAAAGGGGGAAGCUGGUGGGUCGUAGAGAAGUAGAAAGGAUCGAACUUUUGCAAGGUGAGGAAGGAUGUGUGCAGGGGGCUGGCGAUGUAGGGGAUGUAUUCAGGGAACCUGGAGGAAAUGAAGGUUCAGGAGACCGACAAGAAAUAUUGGAAGCUGAAUGUGCCAAUGAGGCAACUGCAUUGGUUAUUUUACCGAGCAAAGAAGUGGAAGGUAAUGAUCCAGCGGUUCAAGUUGAUCCGACUUUGAAUGCGAAAACCCUUGAGGCAGUAAGUUGUUUAAGGCUGCUAGAAGUUGUAAGUGUCGAAAAACAAAGGAAGCUACAAGAAAAACAUGACAGAGUGUUGGACACGAUUGGGGAUUUGAGCGACACUGCAGCAAGGUUUUGUGAGGAGAACCUGCAGUCUAGUAACAAGAAACAUUUGUUUGAUGAGGAGCAUUAUAUGGAGUUAUUGAAGAAGGCAGAAGAUGUUCAACUAGCUUUGAAGGAUGCCAUGGAUAAAGUGAAAGCAGUAGAUGUGUCAAACCAUACUGGGACAAAAGUAGUGGCAUUGCCGGACUCUGUUUCAGGAACUGCAUCUGAGUCUGAUAUUUCAAAAGUGAGGAGGCAGGGUAAGCGGAAAGGGAAAACCCAGCAUCGUAAGGUGUCUCGAGAAGUUGAUGAACUGCUGACAUCUCCCCCAGAACAGGAGGCACGUGCAGAUAUUCUAAGUGAACAGCUAAAACGUCCGACAAAGCUAACGAUCCGGUUAUCCUCUCCGAGUCUGCCACUCCAGCAAAAUGAAUCAUCUGAACGACAAAUCGUUUGUGGCCUUGAAAAGGAGUGCGAAAGAAAGUGGGAAAUCGUUUGUGGCCUUGAAAAGGAAUGCCAAGGAAAGUGGCCCCGUGAUAGAAGCAUUUCUGAACCUCGUCAAGUUCAUUGUGUGGCUGCGAAGGGUCUUAAACCAAUAAGUGCUUGCCUAAUGUAUGAUAUGGGCUGGACUAUAAAAGGCCCUAGGUGCAAAAGAUCUCGGAAUAGAGGACCAAAUGUCAAGGAAUCAAGACAGGCUAGAGAACAGGAGGGCAAAAUCCCUAUGAAAGAAUUGAAGAUGAAUCAGCCAACAUCAGAGGAUUGUAUUCAGAGGUGCCAGCAGCACCAGGGCCAGGGUUCCUCACAACCUGAAGAGACAUCAGUUGAAGUCCUGACUGAGCGGUUGCCUUCACUGCAUGAAAAGGAGUUGCAAAAUCAUGGGAAGGCACUUCCAAUUAAGUUGGCUUUGGAGCCCAGUACUGGGCGGAUAAUCUAUCUUCAAAGUCCUCGUAAGCAACAUGGACAAGUUCAAGGCCAGGGGGGACAUGUUAACGACCAGACUAGUAAUGACUUUUGUGAUGUAAGACUUGCUUAGACCAUAAAGAGCAUGACGAGAAACUGCAAGUGGAAGGUACUCAUGAGAACAUCCCCAAGUUGGAACCGAGUGCUGGUGCAACUGAUAAGUUGAAACCAUGGACGGGUGUAACUGAUUACUCGUUACAUCAGCAUCAGUCUAAGGAGUCAGGGAAGCCACCGCAGGUUGAAGAUCAAAUAUCUUCGUAGAGCAGCUGCAAGAUGUUCAACCAAAAACCAGUUCAACCACAGAUUUCCAAUGAGCGGGACGAAGGCUAAUGAUCUUCGUAGAGCUGCAAGUUGAAGCCCAACCGAGCACAUUGCAUUAGAUAACUAGAAAACUCCUUGGAAUCUGAUCAGUAGGAGCAACAGCAGCAACUGGUACAAGGCCAAGGAUCUAAGGAACAAGAACAGCUGGAAGUUGAGCCCUGCAGUCCCUCUAUCCGAACUUGCAAAGUCCGCACCUUUGAUCACUUCAUCAAGUCAUAAGCACGAGCAAAACAUAACACCAGCAACAAAGGGCUGAAGGAGAAGGAGAAGGAAGGUUGACAAGAUACAGAGUAUUUACAGCAGCAGCAUCAGCUCUCUCGCCAUUGUCGUCUUCUCGGCACCAGAAACAGCAAUCUCCAGGGUCUUCAUUCGAUAGUGCUAUUAGUCCUCUGCCUUCUCAUUCCCACCGUAGUCUUCCAUUAGUGACGGUUAUCCGCUUUGUUAGUGUAUUCUAAUGCAUGGCCACUCACUAACCAUAUCAGUGAAAUAAUGGGGAAUCAAUGAACCGACAAAAAGCAGUAAAAACAAUUUUGGAGGAAAUAAAAAAAACUUAAUUCCGCUGCCGGGACUCGAACCCGGAGCUCCCGGUUAGGGAACGAUUGGUUUGUAUCAAUUUUUACCAGCUACAGCGGAUUUUGUUGAUACAAUUAUGCAAUCAAAGGUGUUAUUAUACGUUUGACUGGCGGUAAUUUUUUUUUUGCCACCACUAAUUUCUUUCAUAAUUUUUUACAAUAUGAGUAGCUGUAACUAAUAUACGUGAUUAUGCAGCAGCACAGCCAGCACAAGUAUUCUGAUUAAAAAAAAAAACAAUUUGCCACCAGUUACUUAAGCACAUAUAUCAGUCGAAAUCCCAAUAAUAGUUGAUCACAAAUUAUUGCAAGCGCGGAGUUUGGCCCCGAGAUUAAGCGUAACAUCGUAGAGUUUAGAAAGAGAUUUAUAUUGUUCGAGAUCCAGAAAAUUGGGUGGAUUUAUAAUUGGGGAUUAGGGCUUCUAGCUAGAAGAUCGAGAUGGGAGAGAAGAGAAAUAAUGCUGAUGAUACUUUGAUAGGUUUUUUCAUUGAUAUCCUUUAUUAGAGAUGACAAUUACCUAUUCAUGUGUAAUUUUACCUAAAUCCAAAGAAACCCAUUGAUUAUUGCUUAGGUACUGCCCGUACUGGUGAAGUCUAUAUAUGAGUUUGGGUAGACUAUGUCAUGUAUUGCUUCCCUAUUCUAAAUGGACAUAUAUAGCUUGGGUAUGGAUGCCCAUUUACUUGAGGUUGUUUUAACUACACAUACAAAAUUGGAUCUAUGUGUAAAAAUGGGAUCUAAAAAUGUAAUUUUACAUCGAGAUUUUGAAGACUUAUAUGCAAAAAAAGGUACUAAAUCUAAAAAUAAAUUACAAUCCCAAAUCGAUGGAUUAAAAAUCCAACUCAAGUAAAUUGGUAUAGUUAUAAACUCAUCAAACACUACCUAUUAAUUUAUCUUGAUUUUUAGUUUCAUACCCAACCCAAUUGAAUUGAUAAAGAGAAUACUUAUGUAUAAAUUGUCAUCUAUAUACUAUCAUAACAAAAUACUAAAUUACUCUUACACUACUAAUCGUACCGUCAACACAAAGUAGUAAUAAAUUGGCGUGUUCUAA